UAAGUACACCAAGAGUGAAGUAGUAAGAGUGUACGUGUGUGUUUGUGAGUGCGAGGUGUGUCCUUGUAGAGUUAGAGGUGUGUCCUCGGAUGUCUUGUAAGGUGUGUCCUCCAAGAGUGUAUUUUGGGGUGUGUUCUCAAAAGUGUUAUAGUGUUGUGUUGGUGUUGUGUACACUAUCUUGUUGUGUAUCAGUGUUUCGUACACCGUUGUCGGGUUUAAUAAAAUUCUGUUUGUGUGUCGAUCCUGGAGUACCGUUGAUACCCAACAAGUGGUAUCAGAGCCACGUCACGUGGAGUUGUGGUUCGUUGUUGUAGCUGUGAUAUUUUGAGGUGUUCGUUCGCAGGCCGAGAGUAUACCGUUACUAUGUCAGAAUUAAUAGUCUGGGACUAUUGUUGGCGUCGUUACUCUGCCGGAGUUGACAGCUGGAGAACACCAGUACCAGAUGGCAGAUUUUUCUGGAGUUGUAAAUAGCAUCGAGAAGCUAAAUAGCAACAACUAUGGAAAUUGGAGUAUCCGUAUGAAACAUUAUCUCAUAGGUCAGGACUUAUGGGAUAUUGUUGGAGGAGAGAGUACCACACCACCGACUGGCGACGCAAAGGCGCGAAAGGAGUGGGAGAUGAAAUGCGGAAGAGCGAUGUUCAUGCUGAUGGUUGUAGUGGAAGACGAGCAGAUGCAGCGUAUCAGGUCAGCUAAGACACCAAAGGAGGUGUGGGGGAUUCUGAAGACUGCUUUCGCCAAGAAGAACGAGGCAAAGCUACAACGCCUGGAAAAUGAGCUAUUCUCUAUCUCGCAACGGGAGCUCACUUCAAGGAUUAUGAGGAAGAAGCUCUUUUCAUCGGCAAUAGAGGCCGCGCUGCCAGAAAUGAUAACUGGCGCAGGAGAGUAGAAGGUGACCGAAAAUAUCAGCGUAGAAGAGACGAAGGUGAUCGGGUUCAAUGGCGUGAGCGAGAAGAAGAUGAUCGAGAGGAGAUGCGCUCCCAGCUAGGGGGAGCAGAACGCAGAGAUGGUCGGAGCAAUGAAUCUCAUCAAUCAAGGAGGUUUGAUGGAAUAUGUUAUAAUUGUGGGAAGAAGGGCCACAUGGCCAGGAACUGUCGGUCAGAGAAUAAGCCAGUAGAAAGUCAUGUGGUGAUAACUAGCGGAGCAUCACCGGAUGAAGAAGAAUGAGAUAUGGAAGCGUUAUCCAUUGUGAGUGACGAAGAGUUGGAAUCCCAGGCGCCCACUGUUAUAGAAGAAGAAGAUUGGGAUUUUGCCGAUUCCAUGUUGAUAAUUGAAGAUGAAGAGGGGAAUAUUGAAGAGAAUUGGGAAGAAGCAAAAAUAAAGUUGGAGCUGCUAGAAGAUGAGGAAGAAAUUGACGAGCAACUUGUGGAGCUUCCGAAAAUGCAAGAAGAUAAUGAAGAAGAUGAAGAUAUAGAUAUAUUAGAGGUUGAAGCGGAUCAAGAAGCGACAAAGUUGAAGCAAUCAGAAAAGAUUUUGGAGUCCGGAGAAGAGUGGGAGAAAUCACGAGCUCAGAGAUCAAGCACAACACAAAAGAAAGUAGUUGCUAGAGAAGGAGAAUUUAGGGAAGCCGUCUCAACUGAAGAAUCAUGUCAAGACAUGCAUCCUGAAGAGCUCAGCACUGCGGAGCUACAGAAGCUGAAGGAGCAACUAACCAUACGAAGGAGAAAGUCGGUGACGAGGGAGAGUAUUGAACAUAAGAACUCCACCGACUUUGGAGAAGAUCCUAGAAUUUAGUAGAUGACUAUUAACUAGAACAAUCUAGUUGAAUCUAGCCGACAUACUCUUAAGAAUUAGGAAUUAAGAAUAUUAAAUUAGAAGACUAGAAUUCUCUAGUUUGGUGAAGUCGGUUCUUAACAGACAUAGGUUGCCUAUAAAUAGGCAUUAGGUAUCUAGUACUAGUGUGUGUGAGUAAGUACACCUAGAGUGAAGUAGUAAGAGUGUACGCGUGUGUUUGUGAGUGCGAGAUGUGUCCUCGUAGAGCUAGAGGUGUGUCUUCGGGUGUCUUGUGAGGUGUGUCCUCCAAGAGUGUAUUUUGGGAUGUGUCUUCAAAAGUGUUGUAGUGUACAGUGUUGGUGUUGUGUACACUAUCGUGUUGUGUAUCAGUGUUUCGUACAUCGUUGUCGGGUUUAAUAAAAUUCUGUUUGUGUUUC